UUUUACUGUGUGUGUGUUUUUUAGGGGAGGGCUUUGCCAUCUGCAAGCCUGGAUUGGGAUAUAGACUCUCAAGGAAGUUUGAUAACAAAACAGCACUACCGGGUUUAGUUGUGCAUUCAUUUUGAGCACACACGUCUUCCAUCUGCUUUGAAUAGGCGACCUUUCUUUUUUAACUAUAGUUACAUUUUUCUACACGAAAGCUACGGGAUAUGUCGAGAGACGGAGGCGUUUCUUUUUCCACCCAAAGCCUCCCCAAGUUGGGACCCCACUGACGCGCUUUGACAUGAAGGAACACACUUGCGGACAUCACUGAAGUAAAGGAGUUCUGCUUCAUUGCGUUUCUCCACUGAACAGAUUUCUAACAAAAGCAGUGGGCUGACCUGCUGUUAGACUAUUUUAUUCCCCCACCUGUGAAACGCUACUGCCAUCAUGCAGACCUCAUCACUGCGCCGCCAGGUGAAGAACAUGGUCAACAGCUUCACAGAGGCUGAGGUCAAGGUACGGGAGGCCACCUCCAACGAUCCCUGGGGUCCUCCCAGCUCGCUUAUGUCUGAAAUCUCAGACUUGACCUUUAAUGUAGUGGCUUUUCAGGAGGUUAUGGGUAUGAUCUGGAAGCGGCUUAACGACCAUGGUAAAAACUGGCGCCACGUAUAUAAGGCAAUGACCCUGCUGGACUACCUGAUCAAAUCAGGCUCCGAGCGUGUGGCCAAAGAGUGCCGCGAGAACAUUUACAGCAUCCAGACACUAAGAGACUUCCAGUACAUAGAUAGAGAUGGACGGGACCAGGGUGUUAAUGUCCGGGAGAAGGCCAAGCAACUAGUGACUCUGCUGAAGGAUGAUGAAAAGCUGAAGAAGGAGAGGAGCCAAGCACUGAAGACUAAGACACGCAUGGCCGGGGCCAGCAGUAGCUUAGGCUCCGGAUCAAUUCCUCCUCCAUACCCGGGACGUCGCACAAGCCAGCCAGCAGGGGCCUAUGCGGAGGAGGCUGGCAGGUGCCGAGGCUCACCAUCCUCAUUUCACUCCUCGUCUUCCUCUCCUCGACUUGCUCCAGACAUGGAGCAGGCUCUGCCAUCAACCAGUGGAGAGGAGGAGCUGCAGCUGCAGCUGGCCCUGGCUAUGAGCCGAGAAGAAAGUGAAAAGCCGCCUCCUACAGUGGAUAUUGAUGAACAGACCCAGCUCCAGAUUGCUAUGACUCUCAGCAAGGAGGAGACCAAGAAGCCAGUCAAACCUGUACCUGUGGCACUGGAAAUGGAUGAAGAAUCCCAGCUUGAGUUAGCCCUGAGCCUGAGCAAGGAGGAGCACCAGCAGGAGCAGCUCAGUCGCCAAGGAGAUGAGUUGACGCUCAAGAAAGCUCUGGAGGAAAGCAAACAUGAGAUGGAUUCUAAAGGCGGGACUGCCUUCAUGGACCUUGUAGAUGUUUUCGCAUUGCCCUCAGCUCAGCCUCCUCGUGACCACCGAUGGAAUAAUGCCCCUCCCCUGGCAGCCGCUCCUCAGGAGAUAAGGGAUCCAUGGGACACAAUGGGCAGCACCAACAUCCAGAGGGUAGAUCCUCCCUGGAUGGCACCUCCAACUUCCAACAGCCCCCCUCCACCAUGGGAGCCCACAGUCGACCCCUGGGAUGACCCUCAGAGCCACCUGAAGGCCCCCGGCCAAGAAUGGGCCUUCCCUCCCAGCACAGCCUCCUCUCGAAUGGAUGCAUUCUCAGCACACAUGGGAGCUACAAGGGACUCCGGUGCUCGACCUGGAAGCCCCUCAGAUGGCGAUCUGUUUGAUGAGGCCAUGGAUGGAGGCCAGGUGAACUUGAAUGGGCGAGGAGAGGGCAGUCCUGAGCUUUUUGACCUGUCACGUCUUGGAGAAAGCUUGGCUGCCCCCAGCCCUCGUUCAUGCAGGACACCUGAGGCCUUCCUGGGCCCCACAGCAGCUUCCUUGGUGAACCUGGACGCCUUGAUCCCAGUAAACCCCCCAGCCAAGAUCCUGAACCCCUUCCUAUCAGGGCUGAGUGCUCCUUCACCUAACAAUCCAUUCCAAACUGAGCAGCCCAAACUAACUCUGAAUCAAUUGGGCUCUGGCUCGAUAUCUUCGGCGCCUCAGGGCACUUCCCUUCCAUACAGUGCCUCCUUGCCCCUGCCAAUGAGCCACCAGCCUACUAGCCUCCCUAUGUCCCUCACUCACCCCACCCAGCCAGGCUUCGGCCUGCCGGGGACCCUCCCUGAGCCCUUGUUGCCCUUCUCUUCAGGAAGCACCGACGGAUCACAGGCUGCACACAGCAGCCAGAACCCUUUCUUAUGAGGACCAACUAAACUGGAAAUAUAACCGAAGAAAAAGGGGAACGCUAUUCGAUUUUGCUCUUGAAAUAUAAUUCUAAUCAAAGACUGAACUUCAGCCCCAAGGACUUGUAUGACUUCUAGUCGUUUUUAUAAUGUGUUAUAAUGUAGUUACCCUUAGAUUGAUGCAAGCUGGUUCGACUCUUCUCUGCAACGAUCUGUCCUGCUACUCUUGUCAUGAUUGCAUUAGUAGGGUAUAUACAAUUGAUAACACCUUUUUUAUUAGAAACAAUUAGUGUCAUGUUAACCUUCUACCUUUUGCAAAUUCAAUUUAGACAAAA